GCCAGGCUGCUGUGGGCGGUAGGCGGACGUGCGGAACCGACAAAGAUGGCGGUGCAGGUGUUGCAAGCUGUUCAAGCGGUUCAUCUUGAGUCUGACGCUUUCCUAGUUUGUCUCAACCAUGCUCUGAGCACUGAAAAGGAGGAGGUGAUGGGUCUGUGUAUAGGAGAGUUGAAUGAUGACAUAAGGAAUGACUCCAAAUUUACAUACACUGGAACUGAAAUGCGCACAGUUGCAGAAAAGAUGGAUACCAUCAGAAUUGUUCACAUCCAUUCUGUCAUCAUCUUGCGACGUUCUGAUAAGAGAAAGGACCGUGUAGAAAUUUCUCCAGAGCAGUUGUCUGCAGCCUCAACAGAGGCAGAAAGGUUGGCUGAACUAACAGGCCGUCCCAUGAGAGUUGUUGGCUGGUAUCAUUCCCAUCCUCAUAUAACCGUUUGGCCAUCCCAUGUUGAUGUUCGUACACAAGCCAUGUACCAAAUGAUGGAUCAAGGCUUUGUAGGACUUAUUUUUUCCUGUUUCAUAGAAGACAAAAACACAAAGACUGGUCGGGUACUCUACACUUGCUUCCAAUCCAUACAAGCCCAAAAAAGCUCAGAGUAUGAAAGAAUUGAAAUCCCAAUCCAUAUUGUACCUCAUAUCACUAUUGGGAAAGUAUGCCUUGAAUCUGCAGUAGAGCUGCCAAAGAUCCUGUGUCAGGAAGAACAAGAUGCAUAUAGAAGGAUUCACAGCCUUACACAUCUGGACUCAGUAACCAAGAUCCAUAAUGGCUCGGUGUUUACCAAGAAUUUGUGCAGCCAGAUGUCAGCAGUCAGUGGGCCUCUACUACAGUGGUUGGAGGACAGAUUGGAGCAAAACCAGCAGCAUUUGCAGGAGUUGCAACAAGAAAAGGAAGAGCUUAUGGAGGAGCUGUCUUCCCUAGAAUAAAGCAAGAGGACAAAAGUGCGGGCAGCUGAAAAUACCGGGUAUACAAUUUAUUAAACUAAAUCAAUUUUGAAAAAUAUAAAGUUGGAGGACUCACAUUUUAUAACUUCAAGACUUAUAUAACUUCAAGACUUACUAUGAAGCUGCAGUAAUCAAGAUACUAUGAUAUUUGCAGAAGAACAAAUGUAUAAAUCAAUGGAACAGGAAAUAAAAUUCAGAAAUAAACACACAAUAAUAUGCUUAACUAAUUUUGAAAAAGUACAAAGUGAUCAAGAAGAAAGGACAGUCAUUUCAACAAAUUGAAUUUCCACAAGCCAACAAAAUACAUUCUAAAAGUCCCUCAAAAUGUGUCAUGUAUUUAAAUGUAAGGUGGAAAACUUAAAAAAAAAUCAUUCAAGAAAAAUUUUCAGGAGUCAGGUACUUAAUCUUCAACUCAAAAUCACAGUCUGCAAGAAAAAAGUAAAUAUUUAGACUUCAUCAAAAUUAAAACUUUUUAUUCUGCAAAGUAUUAAGAAGAGGAAAGGCAAGAAAUUACUUCCAACCCAUGUAAUAUCUGAUCAAUGGAAAAGAUAUGCUCAAAACUCAAAAAUAAACAAUUCCAUUAGAAAAUAAAAGAAGACAUAAACAUUGUCACUAAAGAGGAUAAAUAGAAGUAAUUAUGUGAAAAUAUAUUAACCCUCAUAAGUCACUGGGAAGUGCAAAUUAAAACUACAGUGUGGUAUGGUAUAUACUUAUCAGAAUUGCUAAAGAGAAAAUAGUAAAAAUGCCAAAUACUGUUGAGGAUGUAGACUAGAUUUCUCAUACAAUGACAGGAUUGUAAAAUACAGCUCCUGGGUAGAAGAGUUUGGAAAUUUUUAUAAAGUUAAACGUAUACUUAACAUGACCCAGCAGUCACACUGUCUUUGCACAAAAACUUUUACAAAAUUUUUCUUGGCAGCUUUAUUUGUGGUAGCUGCAAAUUAGAAACAACCCAAAUGUUCUGUAGUAGGUAAAUGGCUAAAUAAGCCAUUCUUACCAUGGAAUACUACUCUGUAGUGGAAAGGAACACAUUGCUAAUAUCUGUAUAAUUUAGAUGAGCCUUGGGGCAUAUAGUGAAUGAAAAAAAAAGCAAGUCUUAAAAAGGUCACUUACUGCCAGGCAGUGAUGGCACACGUCUUUAAUCCCAGCACUCAAGAGGCAGAGGCAGGCGGAUCUCUGAGUUUGAGGCCAGCCUGGGCUACAGAGUGAGUUCUAGAAAAGGCUCCAAAGCUACACAAAGAAACCCUGUCUCAACGCCCCCCCCCCCCCCAAAAAAAAAGGUCACUUACUGUAUGGUAGUAUUUCUAGAGCAUUGUUGAAAUGUUAGAAUUAAUGAAAAGGAAGAACAGAUUUCCAGAGUCAGGGACUGGACAUUGUAUAGCAUAUGUAUUGUUAUUGGAGUGUGACAUAAGAGUUCAUUUAGGCUGAUGAAACAGUUUUAUAUCUUAAAUUUAGUGUUUAGUACAUAAAUAUGUUCCUGUGCUAGCAUUUUAUAGAUUUAUAUAUAGAAACAUCAAUGCAUGUAAAAUCUAGUAGAAGUGAAUAAAGUCUGUAGCCUACUUAGCAGUAUUAUACCAUUACCAUAAUAUUGGUUUUGAAGUUCUACAGUUGAAGAUCUUACUAGGACAAACCAUUCCUCCUAAAGUCACCAAUAACUUCCACAUAGUCAAACUUAUAUUCUUUUUUGAAAACUGCCAUUAAUAAACCUCUGGCUUGACACAGUUA